CGACCAUGUUUUCCAAAGGCUUUCUGAUCGGUCUUAUUCUUACCAAUCUGGCCGAUUUGCAGCAUGUUUCAGGAGUUCGUUUUGAUAAAAACUCGAUGCUUCCUGGAUAUCAUAGACAAAAGAGACUAUUUAGCCUUUUCAACAUCGUUCAAUUCCAGAACGGUGCUUGUUCCGCGGUUACUUCAUUGGGAACAACGGGGACGUGCUUGAGCGCCCAAGAAUGCUCAGCACAGGAAGGAACAUCCGAUGGGAACUGUGGUUCAGGCUUCGGGGUUUGCUGCAUCUUUGCUGUAACUGGAUGUGGAGGAACCUUGAAUCGAAAUUGCACUUACAUUCGGAACAUGGGCUUUCCUGGGGCAGAUACCGAUAACGGCCGAACUUGUUCCGUGAUCCUAGAUCGGAUUGCGGAUGACAUUUGCCAAAUUCGGUUGGACUUUCAGGAAACCACAAAUAUUCCCCUCGGAACGAAUGCAGGUUCUUGUGGAGGAACAGGGGACAGUUUGACAGUGAUCAGCCCGCACUCAACGUCGGUGAGUGCGUUUCCCCCGGCCGUGUGCGGCAUUCUCACCGGUCAACACAUGUACUUUGAGAGCGGCAGAAUGGGAGACUCUGCAGGUCAAGUGAACAUUUUGCAAGGCACCGGAACCGCAGACAGGCGAUACAACAUCAAGGUGUCGUUCAUUCAUUGCAACAGCUUAGUCCGGGCUCCGAGUGGAUGCACCCAAUAUUUCACGGGUCGCACUGGAACAAUCACGUCGUACAAUUUUCCCGGGGGUCAAUUACUCGGCAACCAAAAUUAUGCUAAUUGCAUUCGACAAAGGGAAGGCUAUUGCUCGGUGGAAUAUUCGGAGACACAGAUCACUUCCCCUGACCCUUUCGAUUUGGAUGCAAAUUCACCUUCAACUGUCUCGGACAAUUGUAUGAACAGCAAUUUCAUAACCAUUCCCAGUACAAUCCUUCAAAAUGUUGUGGGCACAUUCCCUGAGCUUCAGCAAGACGUUGUCACUCGGGUGCCUUCAAUGCGUUGCAACACGGUCUUUGGAGGAUUACCGGGAACAGCCAUUCCUGGAACAUUGCAAUCCCUGGAAAACGUCCCUUUCGUGAUGAAUGUGCUGACCAGGCCAAGUGAUGGCAAUGGAUUGGCCAGCCUCACCGGAUUCAGCUUAGAUUACACGCAAUUGCCGUGUUGA